AGCCCAGAACAAGAAAUCUCACCACAAGUAGCGUUUUCCCUGGAAUCCCAGUGAGAGAAGUUAUUUAGGGUUUUUGCGACGCCAUCACUCUCCUCUGUAGCUUCUGCCGUCAAGUCCUUUCGUCAUGGCUGAACAAACCGAGAAGGCUUUUUUGAAGCAACCAAAAGUGUUCCUUAGCUCGAAGAAAACUGGGAAGGGGAAGAGACCAGGGAAAGGUGGAAACCGCUUUUGGAAAUCCAUUGGACUUGGAUUUAAGACUCCCAGGGAAGCCAUCGAAGGAACUUAUAUUGACAAGAAGUGCCCCUUCACUGGCAAUGUCUCCGUCCGUGGCCGUAUCCUGGCUGGAACAUGUCACAGUGCUAAGAUGAACAGGACAAUCAUUGUCAGGAGGAAUUAUCUCCAUUUCAUAAAGAAGUACCAGAGGUACGAGAAGAGGCACUCAAAUAUUCCUGCUCACAUAUCACCUUGUUUUCGUGUGAAGGAAGGAGAUCAUGUCAUUAUUGGUCAAUGCAGGCCUCUCUCUAAAACAGUGAGGUUCAAUGUAUUGAAAGUGAUCCCUGCUGGAUCUUCGAGCGGUGCUAAGAAGGCAUUUACUGGGAUGUGAGCUUUGUUUUCCAGUUUUAUGAGUUUAUUAGAUUAUGUUGUACGCCUUGAAUUUUGAAAUCUAUUAGGUUUUCUUAAGCAAUGCAGACUCUUCUCCUGUUUCCCAGUAUAUUUAAUUACUUCUCAUUUGGGUUUAAAGUUAUGGAAUUGUUUUUAAACC